AUGCUCACCACUAUACCACCAACGCUGCACAGCCCGGGCCGCCCCCGGACGCCGGCCCAGGCUCCGCACCAGCGCCUCCUCGCCCUCUCGCCACCGCCUCCGCCGCCUGCCGCAGCCCUGCCCCGACGUGCCGGCCGGCCGCAGCUCUGCGCCGUCGCGGGCGCCACCAGCGGCCGCCCGGCGCCCCACCCGCGCCACCCCCACGCAGCCCUGGCUGCUCCGCAGGCACGACCGCCCGCCGCCUCCGCCGCCCGCCUCUGGGGGGCGCUCUCGCCGCCCUGCGGCUCCCGGGCCCUCGGCUGCCCGCCGGGGAGCCCCGCCCCUUGCCCCCUGCCCCCGUCGGCCCGGCCCCCACGGCCACCUCCACGGGCAGCCCGGCAGCCGGGCAGCUGUCCGUCGCGUGAGCGAGGAGCCCGUGGCGGCCAGCCUCCCGUCAGGAGGUCCCGGCUGGGCUGGGCCGAGCCCGCACGCGCCAGGGCGCCAGGGCGCCAGGGCCGACGAGGAAGGGCAGGGGGUGCGGGGGGUCGGGUCGACGGCGGGCAGGACGGGCCCCCGCGGUCGCCCCGCGCCUCUGGCCGCACGGGGCCGGGCGGAGGCACGAGGGAGGAGAAGGAGGACAAGGAGGAGAAGGAGGAGAAGGAGGGCCCUGGGGGCCGGCGUACGUUUGGGCAGCGCGGCGGCGGCGCCCGCGACCAAAAGAGGGCGUGUCUCGCCUCCCCGUCGGGGAAUCGAACCCCGGUCUCCCGCGUGACAGGCGGGGAUACUCACCACUAUACUAACGAGGACGGCGGCGGCGGCCGCCCGGGCGCCCGACCCCUCUCCGCCCGCCCGCCCGCCCGCCGGCCUGCCUGCCUGCCCACGCCCACCCGGGCCCUCGACGUCCCGCGCGCCCGUCCUGCCAGGCGCCCGCCACGUGCCCCGGGCCACGGCCCACCCGGCCCGACCCCCCGGCCGCCGCGUCAGCGCGCACAGCAGUCCCCCGGCCCGACUCGGAGCGUCGCGCCCCCGGACCCGCCGCCGCCCCCGCCCCCGCCCAGCCGCGCGGGGAUGGCGGCGGGAGAAGACGCCCGACACGGCAAGCAGGGCUGCGCGAGCGAGCCGGAGGCCCCGCGCCGGGGAUGGGCCGCGGCGGGCGGCGGGGGGCGGCGGGGGGCCGGACGCCGGCAGCAGGGUGCGCGCCCCGGGAAGGGGGAGGGGGCGGCGGCGAGGACCGCGGCGAGGGCGGCGGCGCCAGCAGAGUCAGUCGGCGGGCCGUUGGCCUCGUCGACCGGGACGCGAGUCCCGUCCGUCCGUCCGUCCGUCCGUCCGUCGCGCACCCACACGGCCGCCAGCCAGCUCCGGGGUCGGCGCCGGGUCCCAGCCAGGCGAGCGGCGGCGCGCCCAGGCCCGCCGUCAGGAUGGCCGAGCGGUCUAAGGCGCUGCGUUCAGGUCGCAGUCUCCCCUGGAGGCGUGGGUUCGAUCCCACUCCUGACACGCCCACCUUUUGGCCCGCCCAACGCGGGCUCUCCGCACCCGGGCCUGGACGACGCCCUGUCUGUCCCGCCUUACACGCCGCUGCGGGCUGCGGGCUGCGGGCUGCGGGCUGGGCUGGCGGCGCCCUGGCACACGUGGCCCGGGACCCACGCAGCUGCAGCGCCUCGGCCCUCCCGGCCACAGGCCAGCCGCGGGCCGAAAUGCCGGCAGCCCCGCGCGGGCCGGGCCACGCUCCCACUGAGGGGCGCGCCUCGCUCGCCUCCUCGCUCUCCCAGCCCCGCCCUACACCUCCCCCCGCCCGCCCGCCGGGAGCGCGGGGUCCCCACGGCCUGUCCUUUCCGCCGGCCCCCAUUCAUUCCGUGGUCUCCACCCCCUCCGUCCCCGGGGCGCCCACGAGGCGUGGCCACCCGGAGGCCUCACCACGGCCACACGCCCGCCAGGCGGGCAGCCGAGCCCUCCGCGCGCCAGCCAGAGACGGGACCCCCGCCCCGUUCGCUGGGCCUGGCCCGGGGGGGCGGGGUGGGGUCCACCCCGCCGUGGUGGCUCCGGGGAGCCCUGAGCGCAAGGCAGCCCUGCCUCCCCGGGCCCCCUCCGCGCCGGAAGCCGCUGCGGGGCCGGGGCUCCAGGACGCCAGCGCGCUCCCUCACCGCGCCGCCCGCCAGCCAGCCAGCCGGCGGCCGCUCCGCCCAAGCGCACCUGCCGGCCUCACCCCCACCGCAGCCCAGCCGGCCCCGACGGAGAGCUGCGGGCAGAGCUCACACGCCUUUCUUUGGCCUCUUGGCUUGGGCGCUACUCGGCGGCCCCCAUCUCCGACGACGACACCGACGCCGACACGCACACACGCGCACCCACACCCCCCCCCCCCACCCCGCGGCACCCCGGGAGCGCACACAAUCCGAGCUCCGGGCCCCAGCCGGCCCCCGCCGGCGCGCACUGCACGGGCCGGAGAGCCAUCCGCCCAUGGGCCUUCGGGGGGGCGCCGGGAGGGAAGGGAAGGUCCGCGCUGAGCUGCGCCGGCCACAGACGCCCCGCGCUGCCUGGGAAUCGGGCGCGGGUCAGGCUUGGCCAGGCUGCUCCUCCCGGCAGGACAGUGUCUGGCGGCGGCCCCGCCCCAGGGAGAGGGCGCAGGGUGAGCCGAGUCCGCCUCGGGGCCUCGCUGGGACCGUGGGCGCCGCGCGCCGGCCCGAGCCCGAGCCCGAGCCCGAGCCCGAGCCCUCGGCGCAUCUGCACGGGCGCGGAGCCUGUCUUGCAGACCGCGGGCCCGCCGCCCGCCCCCGCGCAGCGGGUGCUCACCACUGGCCGUGCCGGGACGACGACGAGCGCCGCUGGGGAAGCCGUCUGGUGGCCGCCGCCACCGCCCUGGCCGCCACGCUCCACCCGGCUGCCCGCCCCCUGCCGCCCGACGUGGCCCAGCCCCGGGAUGCUCUCUAUGGCCACCUGGCCGCGGUCUCCUUCAAACACGGGCCACUCCCCACUGCUAAAGUCACCGCGAGCACCAGGUCCAUGCAGCCUAGCCAGCACCGGCGCCAGCACACCCAGCCUCGAGGGACAGCGCCACCGCCACGGCUGUCACCAGCACGUCGGGUCCACGAACGGCGGCGCACCAGCAUGGGCAUCACGGCCAAGGGCACGGAGGUCACCUCCCCCCCUCGCCCGGCCUCCACGACCCCCGCAGCACUUGGUCCACCACCAACCCCCAGGACCACCAUCCCCACACCAGCACCAGCACCAGCACCAGCACCAGGACUACCACCACCAUGCCAGAAGCAGUUGUACCAGCAGCAGCAGCAGCAGCAGCAGCAGCAGCAGCGGGACGUGCCCACCGCCAGCAGGCCAGCGUAG